AUGAAGGAGAUGGUCGGUGGAUGUUGUGUCUGUUCAGACGAUCGCGGCUGGUCGGAAAAUCCGCUAGUGUACUGCGAUGGUCAAAGUUGUGCGGUGGCCGUGCAUCAGGCGUGCUACGGAAUCGUGACGGUACCGAGUGGUCCUUGGUACUGCCGGAAGUGCGAAAGUCAGGAGCGAUCGGCUCGCGUCCGCUGCGAGCUCUGCCCGUCCCGUGACGGUGCCCUCAAGCGGACGGACAACCAAGGAUGGGCGCAUGUGGUUUGCGCCCUUUACAUUCCCGAGGUGCGCUUCGGGAACGUGACGACGAUGGAGCCGAUCAUACUGCAGUUGAUACCCCAGGAGCGGUACAACAAAACCUGCUACAUAUGUCAGGAGAUGGGGAAAGGUUCCCGGGCAACGGUGGGAGCCUGCAUGCAGUGUAACAAAUCGGGGUGUAAGCAACAGUUUCACGUCACCUGCGCCCAGCAGCUAGGGCUGCUUUGUGAGGAAGCCGGAAACUAUUUGGACAAUGUGAAAUACUGUGGCUACUGUCAACACCACUACAGCAAGCUAAAAAAAGGGGGAAACGUUAAAACCAUCCCACCGUACAAACCCAUCAGCCAUGAGGCAAACUCUAGCGAUGGUCCGUCAUCCCCCGAAAAGGAAAUGGAACCACCACCGUCCCAACAACACUCGAGUAGCGUCUCUGGUUCAGGCGUAGGAAGUGGAGGCAGUGGCGGUGGUGCUGGUGGUGGCUCCAGCGGAAGUACUAGCAGUAGCACUGGCAGUUUGAAAUCCAGCAGCCGGCUCUCUGGUGAACCAUUGAUGGCCGGAUCUGCUUCCACCUCUUCCUCUUCGUCCUCCUCUUCCAAGCAGCGAAAGUCCUCGAGCGCUUCGAAAAGCUCGAGCGGAUCAAACACGAAUACGUCACUGUCGUCCUCGUCGACCUCGUCGGUACUAUCGUCGGCGGGAAAUGCUUCCGCCGGAGGUUCUGGGCUUUCGGGUUCUUCCUCCAUGUCGUCUUCGUCAGGCAUGUCGAGCAUAACCGGUAGCGGUGGCAGUGGGAGUAGUGGCGUUGGUAAUACCAGCGGUAUCGGAAGCUUGUCCGGCAACGUAAGCAGUAGCGGGUCCGGUAAGGGCAGCUCUGGAACUUCUGGCGGGGCCAGUGGGAGUGGUAGCAGCAGUAGUAGCUCGAAGGAAAAGGAUAAAUAUAGCAAAAGCCGAGACAAAAGCUCGAAAUCGUCGAAAUCGUCAGGCAGCAGUAGCAACAGUGGUGCUGGUGGAGGGAAUUUUAACAACAGUACAAGUAGCAGUGGUAGUUUAAUAAGUGGAAACACCGUUCAAUCAAAAGAUGGCGACAUGGGUCCAGCUCCCGGAUCCGGUGGGUCUCUUGGGGCGAAUGCUUCCACCCAAUCGAGCUCUCAGGGCAGCUAUUCGUCGUCUACUGCAAGUGGUAAUCCUUCUGGAUCGGGUGGUAGUACCAGCAGUAGUAAACAUCACUCAGAUAAAUUCGACAAAGGCGGCAGCAACCAAAGUGGAACGAUUUCGUCGCUUUCCGCUAGUGCCGGUGUCAGUUCGUCACGCGCUGCAUCUCUUUCUCCAGCCGCGAUUCCAACAACUCUCAUCAUAAAGCCACCGCAGGAUCACGGUGGGGCCAGUGGGAAGGAUUUACUGUCAAAAGAAGCGAUCGUUAAAAUGAGUAGCUCGAGCAACUUUACGGAAACGAUUGUGGUGAAUUCGGAUUCUAUGUAUGCUCAAGGAGCAUCAUCCGGCAAUACAGGAUCCACAUCCGUGAUCGAGAGCAGCAAACUCGGGUUAGGAUCGGGAUCGGGAAGCAUUCCUAGCGGCUCAUACAACAAUACCUCGGGAGGCGGUUCAGCGAGUAGUGGGAGUGCGGGCAAAAAACGGAAAGCCGAUUCCCGCAAUAUACCAACUUCCUCCGCAAGCAGCAAUGAUAUGGAUGUAAACCGUGACCUGAUUAGGGAUGUCGCAGUAUCGCUUGUGCCAUUAUCAUUGAGUAAAAACGAUCACAUCGAACCACCGUCAAUCGCAGGACACGAGAAAAACGUGAAAAAGGCGAAAACCGAAACCAGCUCUCCGCUGCACCAUCCGACGGUGCCGGUGGCCGGUCCAGCGUCGGACACGAAUCUGCAAAAUGUCACUUCAAAUCUCAUACAAGCAACACACGCGUCAAGCAUCAUCUCAUCGUCCUCCUCAACCGGGAAGCAGCACCAUCAGCAACAGCAUCAUCAUCAUCAUCACCACCAGCAAACACCGCACUCACCUCAGCAGCAACCGUCGCACACGCCAAGCCUGGUGGUGUCGGUUCCCCUGUCGACGGCUACCGUACCUGGAGUAAAUCUACCCGCUAGUAAUAGUAAUAAUAGUAGCAGUCACGCAGUCAGCGGUAGCAACGGUGCCACCAGUAGCAGCAGCAGCAGCAGCAGCAGUAGUAGCAACAUCAGUCAUAGCGCUAGUCUUAGCAACAGCACACCUAACAUUGUGUCUCCCGGCCAGCUGGGCGCUAGCAACAGCACCACCGGCGGAACCAACAACAAUAGUGGCAGCAACAAUUCGGUCGGCAACUUGUAUCAACAGAUUUCGCAUCGCGCGGGUGAUCAGUUGAUGAGUGCCAGCACAAGUCGCGCCAGUCCCGUGAUCCAGCAGCAGUCCACCUCCCAGAACAUUAUCCAAUCAUCAUCCACCGUAUCCUCGGUCUCGGGAGCCAGUACGACUACUUCCACAGCCAUCACGAUCGGCCACCAUCACUCUCUUGAGCGGCAGUCACCUUCGAUGCGAGCCUCACCGGCCACCACAUCCGGCACUGGUGGUAAUGUUAUAACUGCGCUUCAUCAUGGUCAACAACAGCAGCAACCGGAGAUGCUGUCUGCUGUUGGAUCCGUUGGAGGCACUGUACUGCAGAGUAUAUCACCCGUUCCGAUGAGCACUAUCCAGAGCACCUCCUCGCCUUCUCCCAUCAUUGGCGGUGACGGUGGCGGCGGAGGGGGAGGUGGGCUUAAGUUUGGGUACGAAAAGCAACCACCCACGACAAAUGCACGUAUUGCGGCGUUGCAGGAAGAAGAAUCCUCUACUGGUCGGAGGUCCAGGUACGGAUCACACUCGAGGGAGCGUAGUGGUGGCGGCGGCGGCCCAGGCAAUGGAAGCAGUACUUCUAGCGCCACUGGUGCUGGUGGUGCAAGAGGCGGAGGAGGCGGUGGCAGUGAUGUGGGUGGUAAAACUCGUACAUCAAAAAAACGUUCCCAACAACAGCAUCAACAACAGCAACAACCGCAAGCUGAUCGAGAAUCACCUUCCAUCGCGGGAGAUUCUUCCAAUCGGAGCAUAGCUUCUCCCCCACUUCCUCGCCCUUCCUCGCAUGGCGGCGGUGGCCAAUAUGCGUACGGUGUGACAGACCGCAACACGGAGGAGCAUCACACCCAACCGUACCAGCCAACCGGUGGCAGCAACGCACCAAACACGGGUGGGAAUAAUGGAAGCGUACUGUCGAUGGCAACCGGCACCGGAUCUGUUGUUGCGUCCGUUGUUGUAGGCAACUCAACAUCCCAGCAUCUUCAACAUCAACAACAGUCGCAACAUGCCCAUCACCAUCAUCAUAACCAGCACCACCAGCAUCAGCAUCAUCACCCUUCGCAUCCGCACCACCAUCAGCAGCAGCAACAAUCUUCAUCAGCGUCGGCUGGCGACAAGAUAUCUUCGGGGAGCUCCACCUCGAACGCUUCACUUCCCUUGUCCGCAAGCGGUCCACAUACCGCCCAGUCUCAACAUUCAUCUGUCGCGAUUUCCAACAGCAAUGCUUCGCUGUCAAAUUCUAGCACCUCUUUUUCAUCUAUCGCUUCUGCUAGUGCUGCUACUGCUGCUGCUGCUUCCGUUGCUUCAUCCAAUGCCUCAUUGUCCUCCACUACUUAUGCUAUCAACUCAUCCACUUCCGCUGCUCCUGCAUCCGGUUCGGUUAGGUCUGACGUUGGAUCGUCCGUCGGUGCGCAUCCUGUCAUUGAAAUGACCGGUCACGGUGGUUCGGUCAGCGGCUAUCAUACUGGUGGUGGCAUCUUGGCGGGGUAUUCUCAAGCAGUAGGCACGAACAGUACGGUUGGAAACAGCAAAUCCAACAUGGGCACCACGAACAGUAGCUCCGGUGACAGCUUUCCCCAACAUCACACGCAUCACCAUCCUCAGUAUCUUGGCGGUGGUCCUGGCGCGCAACAUCAGAGCGUUUUGACCAGCAGUGGCAACAGUAGCAUAAACAACAGCGUAGGAGGUGGUGGCGGCGUCGGCAGCAGCAGCAGUAGUAGCAACAUCAACAACAGUAGCAACAGUGCCAACAGUAGCUUUAGUAAUAGUAGCAACAGUAACAACAGUAUCCUCAGUAGCAAUAAUAACACCAGCAUCACCGCAACCAGUAGUAAUGUUGGCAGCGGCAGCAACAACAAAAACACCACCAUCAUCAAUAGCAAUAGCCACAUGGGCAAUAGCACUGCUAGCAACAGUAGCUGCACCGGCAACAACCAUAACCUGUCUAACAAUAGUCACAGUACCAUCGUAACGACGGUUGGGCAUACGAACAAAAAGCACCGCGGCGGGGCAUCGCACCAUCAAACAAUCGUUGAACUUUCGCCAUCGCCAUCUACUUCCAGAACGCCCGAAAUGAUCGCAUCCAGUGGUGCCCCGUACGGCGUGGGUUCGUCCAUGUCGUCCUCCACCUCCAUAUAUGGAGGAUCCUCGGGGGGAGGCGGAGGAGGCUUAAAGUUUUCCUACGAAGCUCAACCAACGAACCCGAUGGCGGCGGUUUCUGUCACGGCUAGCAUUAGCAAUACCGUCAUUACGACACCGCAAGUGAAGGACUCGCCUCCCAGCUCGCCUGGUUCCGACACCGGAACGAUGGGUACGGCGGGAAUCGUCGGUGUUGGGGGCCGCGGAACGAAACGCAAUCGUAAAAUGUCCUCAAACACGGGCGUGGCAAAUGUCCUAGGCUCGGGAGUUGCGACUACGGUAGCGGCGGUGUCGAUGGCAUCCUCGAUCGUACCGGCGUCGGUCGUAGCCGGCGGCGCUUUUGUCGACGCGAAGGAGGGAAAACUUUUCCAAAAUGGCGGCAGUGGGAGCGGCAAUGUCGGCGGUGCGCCGGCAGGCGGAGGGUCCAUCAUUUCGGCAACGCACAUGCUGGGAAAUCAGUUGAAUCCGAGCAGUAGCGUGGCGCAGAAAAUGUCCGAUCAGCUGACCAUGGAAAUCGAGGCACAUGGCUACGUUCCUGGACCGGUCGAACCGGGUCCAACACUGAUGGGUCCGGCGUUUCCGGGAAAGAAUCGCACAAACAACACGCAAUCGGUACCAACCGGUGGUGGAAAUUCGCUGAGCUCCAUGUUGACGGGAGGGGCCACGGCAACAGCUAACGGAAACACUCCGCAAAGUUUGGAGCAGUUACUGGAGCGGCAAUGGGAACAAGGAUCUCAAUUUCUUAUGGAACAAGCGCAACAUUUCGACAUUGCCUCUCUGCUCUCCUGCCUCCACCAACUUCGUAGUGAAAACAUACGACUAGAGGAGCACGUGAACAAUCUGGUCGCUCGAAGAGACCAUCUGUUAGCGGUAAAUGCGCGCUUAGCCAUUCCACUUAAUCCAACCGCCGCAUUGGGAGGAGUCGGCAUCAUCGGAGGAUCUGGAAGUGGAGGCACCGGAGCUGCUGUAACUGGUGGUGCUGGAGGAGCUGGCCUGGGAGGUGUAGGCGCUGGAGCGCUUCCUCAAGGACAAUUCAAUAACAUUCACGGAAAUGGACCCAUCGAUGCUAACAUCAAUGCAAGUGCAUCCGCUAUAAGCAGUCGAGCCAGUCGGGUGCAGCAUGGUCAGAAUCAGCAACCCACACAAAGCACCGUUGGCCAUUUUGGUUCCUCGGCAGGAAGCAAUAGCGGUGUUUUACCCCAAGAAAAUGGUAUUGAUUUCCGACACACCAAUUCCUCCCAUCCGGCCACCAACAGCGCUUCGAUAAGGCGUAACUCUCCUUCUAAUCAACCGUACCCUACGCCGGGUACUAUCGGUACCGGGGGCUCCUCCCGUGGGGCACAACCACUAUCCUCUGCAGCGGCCAACGCCGGAUCUGGCGAACCGCAGUCUUCCGUAGCGGCGCGCAACAACAUAAUGCGCCCAUCCGCGUCCGGUCCGGCUAAUUUAUCCUCCUCAUCAAGCAUUGCGACCUCCGGCAGUGGCAACAGCAGCAGCCAAGCUAGCACCACACCCAGUGGACUCAAUGCUACAGGAAAUGGCCUCGGAGGAUCCACCGGUUCGGCCACUGGACCCGGAACAUAUCAGUCGGCGCGAGAGCAACAGCAAACGAUCUACAACACCGCACACCAGCCUACACACCAAUUACGCCGAGACGAUAUACCGCUCUUGCUCGAGCACCAUCAGCAGGAACAUUUGCAUCACCCCCAACACCCCCACCCCCACCACCAGCCCCAUCAUCCUCAAGCCCCACCUCCCGCUCCUCCGCCUCAUCCCACUCAUCCUUAUCUUCAGCCUCAAACAGCUCCACAGCAGCCGUCAAUCGCAGGACCGCUGCAGCAGAACCAUCAUCAGCACCAUUCGCAGCUGCAGCAGCAGCAUCAUCCCGCACACCUACCGCAGCAGCACCAGGCGCAGGUGUCGGGACCGUCCACGGGAGGACGAGUGGUUGCUCCUACGACAGCUUCAGUACGAGUCACCGCUUCCCUGCCAUCGCAACACCUGCGAGCCACAGGAGUCAACCAUCACCACCAUUACGCGCACCAUGGAACCGGGAACCAUCUGGCGCACGGCACCACUCCACCCUUGGUAGCCGGAAGCGCCAGCAUGAGCCACCACGGACCGUUGAACUCGAACGAUGGCCCAGCUGCAGGACGGGUGGCUGCUCCGGCGUCCAGUACACCGCCACCCCAGACGAUGGGCCACUCGCAACGGCCACCAGCUCACUGA